ACCUACUGCAGAAAAUUAGCUGGUUCAGAUCCCAAGAACUCACGUAAAAACAUUUAAUUAAUACUUAUAAUUAAUCUUUAAUUAUAACUACCUUUAUUAGUUGCUCUCUUUCUCUUGCUACCUUCUUUUUCUUCUUCUUCUUCUUCUGGUAGCUAAAAAUGUCAGACAACUAGAGAGAACAAAGUUCGAAGAACAAUAAAAUGCAAACCCAGUUGCUGUUGUUCUUUUACUGUUUUAUUGGUCUCCCUCUUGUUUUUAUUGAGGGAGCUCAAAAUGUAGAAAAUGGUGAACUAUCAACUCUGCUGUUGAUGAAAUCAAGCCUCAUUGAUCCAUCGAAUUGGCUGAAAGAUUGGAAAAUGCCAAGUAAUGGAGCUGAAAAUGAUCCAGUUUUUCAUUGCAACUGGACUGGAGUAUUUUGCAACUCUAGAGGCUUUGUAGAGAGGCUUAACCUAUAUAAUAUGAAUCUUACCGGCAAUGUAUCAGAUCACAUUCAAAAUCUGCAGAGUCUUUCUUUUCUUGAUAUUUCCUGUAAUGGGUUUGCUUCUUCAUUGCCAAAAUCAUUAGGAAAUCUCACUUCACUAGAAGUCAUUGAUGUAAGUCAAAAUAACUUCAUCGGCAACUUUCCUGUUGGCCUCGGAAAGGCUUCAGGAUUAACUUCAGUCAAUGCAUCAAGCAACAAUUUUUCAGGUUAUCUUCCUGAGGAUCUUGGAAAUGCAACGUCACUCGAGAGCUUGGAUUUUCGAGGGAGUUUCUUCGAAGGUUCAAUUCCUACUUCUUUCAAGAAUCUGCAGAAAUUGAAGUUUCUUGGCCUUUCUGGUAACAAUCUAACAGGAAAGAUACCAAAUGAGAUUGGUCAGCUUUCUUCCCUCGAGACUUUAAUUAUUGGAUAUAAUGAGUUUGAAGGAGAAAUUCCGGCAGAGUUCGGUAACCUCACUAAUCUUCAGUAUCUUGACUUGGCAGUUGGUACACUGAAUGGUCAAAUUCCAGCAGAAUUGAGUAGGCUGAAAAAACUUACAACAGUUUAUUUGUAUAAAAACAAUUUCACAGGAAGGAUUCCACCAGAACUUGGGAACAUUACAUCACUGCAGUUUCUUGAUCUUUCUGAUAAUCAGAUUUCAGGAGAAAUACCAGUGCAGAUAGCAGACCUGAGAAAUUUGCAGCUCCUGAAUUUGAUGUGCAACAAGUUGAUUGGUCCAAUUCCUAGCAAGAUUGGUGAUUUAACCAAAUUAGAAGUACUUGAGCUGUGGAGAAAUUCUUUGACAGGCCCUUUACCAAUAAACCUUGGACAGAAUUCACCAUUGCAGUGGUUAGAUGUUUCAUCAAAUUCAUUAUCCGGUGAAAUUCCUCUGGGUUUAUGUCAUUCUGGCAAUCUUACUAAACUCAUUCUCUUCAAUAACUCAUUUUCUGGUCCAAUCCCAUUAGGUCUAUCUGCCUGCAAGUCAUUAGUCCGUGUUCGAAUGCAACAUAAUCUUAUUUCUGGGAAUAUUCCAGUUGGUUUUGGAAGUCUUCCAAUACUUCAAAGACUUGAAUUGGCUAACAACAGUCUCUCUGGUGAAAUACCAGAUGAUAUUGCUCUGUCUACUUCACUUUCUUUCAUCGACAUCUCUUUGAACCACCUUGAAUCAUCUCUUCCAUAUACUAUCCUCUCCAUUCCUAAUCUACAGACCUUCAUGGCCUCCAACAACAACUUGGAUGGAAAAAUCCCAGACCAAUUUCAAGACUGCCCAUCACUCUCAGUGCUUGAUCUUUCUAGCAAUCAGUUAUCAGGAACACUUCCAGGCAGUAUUGCUUCAUGUGAAAAGCUAGUGACCCUGAAUCUUCAAAAUAAUAAACUUACUGGAGAAAUCCCUAAAGCAAUCUCGAAGAUGCCUACGUUAGCCAUUCUUAACCUGUCCAACAAUUCUUUAGUUGGUCAUAUACCAGAUGGUUUUGGUACCUCACCAGCCCUGGAAAUGGUAAAUUUGUCAUACAAUAACCUAAAAGGUCAAGUUCCCUCUAAUGGCAUACUAAUGGCCAUUAACCCUAAUGAUCUUGUUGGUAAUUCUGGACUAUGUGGUGGUGUGCUUCCACCGUGUUCCUCAGAUUCCUCAACAACAAAGCGAAGAGAGAAUCUUCGCGUUCAUCACAUCAUUUUCGGAUUCAUAAUUGGAGUCUCAGUAAUCUUAGCUCUUGGUAUUGCAUUUUUCAUUGGGAGAAUGAUGUAUAAAAGGUGGUAUUUGUAUAACAGUUCCGUUUAUGAUUGGUUUAAGAAGAGCAGCAAAGAGUGGCCAUGGAUACUAGUAGCAUUUCAGAGAGUUAGUUUCACUAGCAGUGACAUUCUAGCUUGCAUAAAGGAAUCAAAUGUCAUUGGCAUGGGAGGAACAGGUAUUGUUUACAAGGCCGAAGUCAAUCGGCCCCACCUAGCUGUUGCAGUCAAGAAAUUAUGGAGAACAAACACAGACGUCGAAAAUGGCGAUGAUCUAUUUGCAGAAGUGAGUCUGUUAGGGAGGCUCCGGCACAGGAACAUUGUCAGGCUGUUAGGGUAUCUUCAUAAUGAAACAGAUGUAAUAAUGAUUUAUGAAUACAUGCCUAAUGGAAAUCUUUGGUCAGCUUUGCAUGGUAAAGAAGCUGGAAAGCUGCUAGUUGACUGGGUUUCAAGGUAUAACAUAGCAGUUGGUGUUGCGCAAGGGCUGAACUAUCUCCACCAUGAUUGUCGCCCGCCAGUCAUCCACCGUGACAUCAAGUCAAACAAUAUAUUGCUCGAUGGAAAUCUAGAUGCAAGGAUAGCAGAUUUCGGAUUGGCAAGAAUGAUGGUUCACAAGAAUGAGACCGUAUCAAUGGUGGCAGGAUCUUAUGGAUAUAUUGCACCUGAAUAUGGAUACACAUUGAAGGUUGAUGAGAAGAGUGAUAUAUACAGCUUCGGUGUUGUACUUUUGGAGCUUCUAUCAGGGAAAAAACCUCUGGACCCUGCAUUUGGAGAACCUAUAGACAUUGUCGAAUGGAUUAGAAGAGACAACAGAGGAUUAGAAGAAGCAUUAGACCCUAAUAUUGCAGGACAAUGCAAACAUGUCCAGGAAGAGAUGCUUCUGGUUCUCCGAAUCGCAAUUCUUUGUACUGCGAAGAACCCCAAGGACAGACCAUCAAUGAGGGAUGUCAUAACAAUGCUAGGAGAAGCAAAACCAAGAAGAAAAAGCAUUUGUCAGAAUGGGGUACACAAUCCUAGUAAAGAGCAGCAAGUUUUUAGCAACUCACCUGUAAUAGGGCUUCUGUAGGAAUACAAAAUUUGUUCCUGCUGUUUUUUUUCUUUUUUUUUUUUCUACUUUUAUGUAAAUCUUUUUUUUUUCUUUGACUAAAAUUGUUCCCCGAGUUCAAUUGCUAGCAGAAUGCAAGGAACUGCAGAGGAAUAUUCACAUAUACUUAUUUAUUCUGGAAAUGAAUAAAGUUGCAACAUUCCUAA